AUGGAAGAUCUGCUUAUUUCGGAUGAGAACUUGACUGGUAUCCAAGAGAAAGUCAUCUUGAUCACCGGUGGGGCCUCUGGAAUUGGAAGAGCCACUGCGCAACUCUGUCUUGACCUGGGCGCAUACGUCGUAAUUGGUGAUUUGAAUUCUCCACAGACUCCAUUUGAAAACGCCAACAACCUCAAGUUCGUGCAAACCAAUGUAGUGCAAUGGGAAAGUCUCCGAAAUCUAUUCAUCGAAGCAGAAAAGUGGCUCGGUCGCAUAGACCAUGUAUUCGCCGGUGCGGGACUUAGUAUGACUCCUGAUUUCAUGGAGGUGAAGCUCGAUGAAAAUGGCCUCUUGCUACCACCGAAUACCCAAACAGUCGAUGUGAACUUUACCGGCUCACUCAAUACUGCACACCUUGCGAUCGCCUAUAUGACUCAGCUUGCUACGAAUAAAACAACCGGCACAGGGAGCAUUGUGCUUAUUGCUUCUGUGGCUGCGUUCCAGAACUUCCCAGCCACAGACUAUGCGGUGUCCAAGCACGGUGUGGUGGGUAUGGUUCGCGGUCUCUCCGGUAAGAUGAAGGGGCAAGUCCGUGUCAACUGUGUUGCACCUUCGUGGACAGAUACGGAAUUCCUUUCUGCUUUCGUAGCUUUGCUCAGAAAAGUUGGUGCUCCUCUCCAAACUCCGGAGGUGGUUGCUCGGAGCGUUGCUUUGUUAUUCGCGGACCAAGAGCGUACUGGGGAUAUUAUAUACAGCUGGGGAGGGAAUUAUAGAGAGAUCAAUAAUCAGAAGGGGGGACUCUUGGACCACGCUUUGAAGCUUAUGUCUCUUCCAGAGAGAGCAGAGGGUUUUGUGGAGAAGCUUAUGGAGUUUCAGCGAAAACAUCUUGAACAGCAAUCAUCGUGA